GGGGUGGGACCCUGUGUGCACUCGCAGCCCCGCGCCAUGGUGCUGCCUGGCCACCAAACCUGCCUUGUCCAGGGAGGAGGCGUCCCCGGGGCUGGGACCCGCCGGGAGAUCCGCUCCCGUCUGCCCCCUCAGGCACCCUGGGCCGCCCCCGCCGCCCUGCCUCAGUUUCCCCUCCAAGGAGCAGGCUGGCAGCGUGGGGAUGGGGCAAUGGGCAGGUGCGGGGGGGGGUGUCUCCAAAAAUGUGGGGUCGGGAUGGACAUGAACCGGAGCAACGGCUGUGAACGUUGGAUGCGGCUCAGCCCUGGCUGCCCUCCUGCUCUCCGUGCCAUGAGCCCGGACCCUCGCUGCGAGCGGGGUCUGUGCCCGCUGCCAGCAGCCUGGGAAGCCACAACCCCUUCUGGGGGGCACUGGGCUGCGGCUCAACCCCGGGCUGAAACACGGGCUCAAUCAUCCUCUUCCUCGAGGCAGGAUGCGUCCCAGCACUGCUGGACCCUGGGGCCAGCAGGCAACAGCCCAGAGUGGGGCACUGGGGACACCCUCAGCCCCCUCCCCGGACACGGCACCGGGCACGGGGCAUCGCCACGUCCCUGACGUGCUCCGGGCUGGGGCUCACACAAGGCUGCAUUCAUUCGGGACAGGGCAAUUAGAGGGGGAACGGGCCAACGCUGUCACCUAACACGGGUACAAGUUAUCCCUGCUCUUGUGUAACCCGUUGCAUAAAGUGGGGGCGGGCAGGGGGUGCUGCCAGCGGCGGGGGCUAUAAAGGUGGGUGCGGGAAGAGGCAGGUCCAUGCAGCCUUUCCCGCCCGCAUCCAGCCCCCGGAGCAAGGAUGAUGAUGGUGGUGCUGCCCAGCCUGGCGCUGGCCCUGCUCUGCCUGCUGCCGGCGGGGGCUGAUGUCCCCGUGCAGCCAGACUUCGACACCGAGAAGUUUGCAGGGAUGUGGCAUGUCGCAGCCAUUGCUUCCAACUGCUCCGUGUUCCUGAAGAUGAAGGAUGGGAUGAAGUCAUCCAUCACCAUCGUCAGCUUCAUGCCGGAGGGGGACCUGGCUCUGAAGCUCAUCUGGCCCCUGGCGGACAAAUGCCAAAAGUUUGAGCUGCUCUUCCAGCGAAGUGCGCAGGCAGGGCACUACGUGGCACAAGAGAUGAGGGACCUGCGCGUGAUGGAGACGGACUACAGCGGCUACGCCAUCGUGCAGGAGUUCAAGCGGAGGGGGGAGGAGCCCCACAGCGCGCUGCAGCUCCUCACGAGGGAGCAGGACGCCAGCCCCCAGCUCCUGCAGAAGUUCAAGGAGCUCGUGCCCACCGUGGGCCUGACCCAGGACAUGGUGGCCAUCCUGCCCAAGUCAGAUCAAUGCACCAAGGAUAUCAGGUGAGCGUGGCCGGUGGAAGCUGGGUCUCCUUCCCGGCAUGGCCUGGGCUGAGCAGGGACUCGCAGCCCCCCAGGGAGCCCCCCCUGCCUCGGGGCUCUGCAUCACAUCAGCUUUCCCCUGCUCUAACGGCCAUCCGUCUGUCCUGCCUCCCUGCAGCUGAAGGAGCCAACGCCAGGGCCGUGUGUCCCCCAGCCCUGGUGGGACCCGGGCUCUGCUCCCCCCUCCAUGGCGCCCCUUCCCGUCCACCCCGGCCGGGCUCUGCUCAGACCCGCUGCCCCAUGCCAGGAUCACACCUCGCCCUCCUAAAUAAAUAGGUGCAGAAUCUGCGCCAGAACUUGGUGCUUUUGUUGGCAGGAGCAGGGGUGCUGCCAGGGUCCCCAGCCACCCUGCGCCCAGCGGUCCCGGAUCCAACCCUUCGUCCCAGCACCCCGGGGCGAUGGGGGGCUCCUCUGCUGCAUUGCUGGCUGCACCCGGCGUGGGGAGCAGAGGAUGGGGAAGGUGCAGGGGGGGCAGCCGCCGGGGAUGCGGGCAGGGGAGAAUCCAGCUGGGAUAAAGAGGGGCUGGCACAGCUCGGCUGGGGGGGCGCAGGGCGAGCGGUCAGGCUGCCCAGCCCUGCCGGCACAGGCUCUGCCUCCCAGCACCAGCUCGUCCCCAGGACACCCCAUUCCCUGCUCAGUUCCCCCCAGGACCACCCGGACAGGAGUGGGGGCUGUGCUGGGGCUGCCCAAGGUAAACGCAUGGCAGGACUGGGAACCCCACGCCUGUCCCCGGACCCCUUGGUGUCCCCAUCUGCCCACUCACCAGGGUAGGACCAGGCUGCAAUGAGCCCCAAGGGCAGCCAGCACUCCUGUCCAUCCCCCUCCGCCUCCUGCGCAACGGAGGCAGCCCCUGGUCCCCCCCACUGUCCCCCUGCCCCGGAGCGGGGGUCCCUCCAUGCCCAGCCAGACGGAGAGGGAGCAGCACGAACUUUUCCGGACUGUGACCCCAGGAGCUCGCCGGAGCCAGGGCGCAGGGGACAUCACACCCUGGAAAGGAGGGGACGCUUCCACAGUGACGUGAACCCCUUCUUCUGCCUGCCCUGCUCCGGGUGCGUCCCACUCCGUGGAGCCCGAGUACACGGAGCCGGGGGGCGAGUCUGCGCCGGCGCCAUGGGGUCUGGCCAAGCUGGUGGCACGCGGGCGCCCGGGCUCGGGCACGAUCCCAGCGUCAGCCUCGGGGCAGAUGCCAGCCUGGCCGGAGUACAGGUCACUGAGCCCCUUCGUGAUGGGUCACUGGGUGACGGCGCUGCAGUGGCCCGUGCCAGGAAGGACCUCCCUGCUCCUCCUGCCA